CACAGGAAUGGUGGCCGGGACGAAGAACAAGAGUCGCGAGAGGAAGAUGGUGGCACUGGGCUUAGUUCUAGAAUCGGUGAUGUUGCUCAGCAUCGCCACGUCGUGCGCCGCCAAGACAGCCGCAGUGGACAUCCAGGCGCUGCAGCAGAUCAAGUCGUCCAUCGACCCAUCCACGCUGCAUUCCUCGUCGUGCCUGGGCAGCUGGGACUUCUCGCACGAUCCCUGCGACGCUACCUCCUCCACAUCCUUCGUCUGCGGCAUCCGCUGCGACGAGGAACUGCAAGAGGAGGGCGCCUCGACCCGGCCUCCAAGGCGAGUGACGAGCAUCGUGCUCGACGGCUAUGGCUACCGCGGCUUCCUCUCGCCCUUCGUCGGCAACCUCUCUGCAUUGCAGGCGCUGGACGUGUCCGGGAAUGCUCUAUCCGGGGCGCUGCCGGCGUCGCUGGGGAAGCUGGCACGCCUCCGCCGCCUGGACGUGAGCGGCAACGCCUUCUCGGGUGGCAUCCCGGAGUCACUGGGCGAGCUACGCUCCCUCGAGCACCUGGGCCUGGCGCGCAAUGCGCUGUCCGGCACCAUCCCGGCCUCGCUCUCCCGCCUCUCGUCCCUGCGCCGUCUCGACCUCUACUCCAAUCUCCUGUCGGGCGAGCUCCCCAUCGCCAUGCCCGCCAUGUCCAGCCUCUUGUACCUCGACGCCAGCAGCAACAGGAUCACGGGGCCGUUCCCGGGCCGCUUGCCGCCGUCGCUCGUCCGCCUCUCCCUCCGCGACAACCGCCUGUCGGGACAGCUGCCCUCCAACUUGGGCGACAUGGCGGCCCUCGAGGUGCUGGACGUGAGCCGCAACGCGCUGUGGGGCGCCCUCCCCGACUCCAUCUUCCUCCAUCCCUCGCUCCAGCAGGUGAAUGUGGCGGGCAACGCGUUCCAGUGGAUCCAGACGCCCGGCCUGGCGGCGAUGCCGCUGGUGGUGCUGGGCAGCAAGAUGGUGGCGCUGGAUGCCAGCCACAACAGGCUGCGCGGGCCGCUGCCGCCAUUUCUGGCGGAGCUGCCGCGCCUGUCGUCGCUAUCGCUCACUGGCAACAUGCUGGGCGGCACCAUCCCGCUCCAGUACGCGAUCAAGGCGGUGGAGUCGGCGGUGGGGAUCCAGCCACUGCGGCGGCUCUUCCUGGAUGGGAAUUUGCUGGUGGGGGCACUCCCGUUUCCCUUCCUCACCUGGUCGCCCUCCGCCACCCUCAUCUCCGCAAGCUUUGCUAACAAUUGUCUCCAUAGCUGCCCACCAAGCCUCCCCUUCUGUGGAGCUCAAAGGCCGGCCACCCAAUGUAGCUAGAGCUAGUAGUAUACUUUUUUACGUCUUCCAAGUUACCACCACCACGACCACCACCGCCACCACCGCCACCGCGCCACCACCGUCGCCGCCACCGUGGAUGUUGUAAUUUUUCUAGCAGGAAUCGAACACCUCUCCUGUA